AUGGCUGACUCUCUUCCUAAAAAGACAACAAAGCCCACCGGCCGUGAGCUCUACGAGCAGAUCGGCUGCCCUAAAACCGUCGUGGCCCCGAUGGUUGACCAGAGUGAACUCGCGUGGCGUAUCCUUUCGCGUCGAUAUGGUGCAGACCUCUGCUAUACCCCCAUGUAUCAUGCGCGUCUUUUUGCCACCAGCGAACAAUAUCGUGCUGAUAUGUUUGGCGAUGGAGAUGGCGACCCAGCUACUGAUAGACCCUUGGUCGUCCAGUUUUGCGCAAAUAAACCCGAAGAGUUGCUUGCGGCCGCGCGCCUCGUAGAGGACCGUUGCGAUGCUGUUGACCUUAAUCUCGGUUGCCCUCAGGGUAUUGCUAAACGUGGGCACUACGGGUCUUUCCUUAUGGAAGACUGGGAUCUUAUCUAUAACCUUAUCAACAUACUACAUAAAGAACUCAAGAUCCCAGUCACAGCCAAAAUCCGCAUCUACAAUGAUCGUGAAAAAACCCUCGCUUAUGCAAAACAUGUACUUUCUGCUGGUGCACAGUUUCUUACAGUCCAUGGACGUACCCGUGAAAUGAAGGGCCAAAUGACAGGCAUCGCCGACUGGUCCAUGAUUAAAUACCUCCGCGAUAACCUCCCUCCAGACACUGUCAUGAUUGCAAACGGAAACCUGCUUUACCAAGAAGAUAUUGAUCGCAGUUUGCAUACAAAUAAUGUUGAUGCUGUCAUGUCAGCCGAAGGUAACCUCUACAACCCAGCUAUUUUCAACUCAGUUUACCACAAGAUUGACGACCGGUUCCCUCGUGUUGAUAAGCUUCUGAGAGAGUACUUUGAGAUUGUUAAAACCACUCCUGGUAACGCUUCGCGUAUUGCCAUGAAGUCCCACUUUUUCAAAAUUAUGCACGCGUUCCUACCUAUUCAUACAGAUAUCCGCGCCAAACUCGGCAGCCUGCGCAAAUACGAGCUUGAAGAGUUUGAAAAAAUUGUCUCCGAGGUCGAGGCUACGGUUGAAGGCAUUUUGGCUUCAGGCGUUGAAGAUAUUAUUGUGGAAAAUGAAAAAUUAGAGGAUUGGGGUGGAUCAUACAAGGCUAUCCCCUACUGGCGAUGCCAGCCCUACUUUAGAACUGUCAACGGUAUCAAGUCAAAUGGCAAGCGUGUGAGCGAAGAGGUAACUGAGUCUCGUAAAAAGAAAAAAGAUGAGAAGGUAGAAAAAGAAGAAGAAAAGAAAGAGGAAACGAUUGAGGAGAAAUCUUAA